AUGCACCCAUCCGCGCCCACGUAUUUGACGGGGCGCUUAGGAUUCCAGUCAAAUUCAGCGAUGGGCGAAAAGGAAUUGGAGCAGACGCUUUGCUUCGUGGGAUGGCGCGGCGAAAUCGCCGGAUCGAGGUCCGGCGUCUCCAGCCGCGCACUCAGCAAGGAGGAACAGGAGGUGGUGAAGGAGUGGCGAGCACAAGAGGAGGUUUUGACGUUGGAGGAAGCGAAAGACAAGGUCAAGGGACAAUUCUUGAUUCCCCCGGAUGAGUUGAUUGAGAAAGCCAUGCUGUACCUGGCAAAGAACCAGUACGGCAUGGAGGACCCCGAGCUCUUGGCCGAUGACUUCCUCUUCGUGGGGCAGGUCAUUGGUCCUUUGGAGAAAGAUGAGUUCAUCAAGACGCUGGGCCAGUUCGACUUGAAAGUGGCCUUUCCUGAUCAGAAGGUGCGCUGGCACGACUUUCGGGUGGAUCCCUACGAUGCCUCGCGCGUGUGGUUCACGGCGCGCUCCAUGGGAACGAACUUGGGAGCGAUCCCUCCAUUGAUUGCGGAGGCAACGAACAAGGCGUUCGAGAGCCCACCGGAGGCCUGCUCCCUGCGCUUCAACGGCCAGGGACAGGUGGUGGAAUACACCGCAGGCUACGUCAUCGACCGGCGCCAGGGCAACACCGGCGGCCGCGGCGGGCUGCUGGGACCCUUGUACGCCAUCGGCAAGGGCUUCCCGUUCCCGGAGGCGCAGCCCUAUGAAUGGUCCUGGCAGCGCAAGCUCUUCACCUGGCUGGGCGAACUGCUGGCCGGCGAGAAUUGCUUCAUCCUGGACCGUUUCCAGAUUCCAGCAAUCUAUCGUUGCUCCGCUGUGAUGGAAGGGAAGACCGCCAUCGCGGCCUAUGCCCAGGCCUGGUGUCUCUAUGUUUGGGUCCCGGGCAUCGAUGGUUUGCUGGGCGGUCAGGGUGCCGUGGAUUCGCGGCCCUUGGGACCUGCAGAUGUUGUGCUGCUUCCAUUGACACUUCUCGGUGCCAUUUCUUCGUCCGCAGAUUUCAGUGCUCUUCCACUGCUGGCGGCGCAUGCCUUGAAGCUGGGGAUGUUCGCUUGGCGCAUGCCCUUUGUGUGGGACCACGAAUGCUGGGCCGCCCUCACUGAGCUGAGCUUCCUCUGCAGUGCUGCGCCGCGCCAAUUCUGGCGCCUGGCGCGCAGGCAGCUGCUGGUGCUUUACGCGAGUGCAGCCUGGUGGAAACUCAACACUUCCUUCUUGGACCCGCGCACGUCCUGUAGCACCGUCAUCCUGAUUCAGUUGCUGAGUACCUACACACCGAGCGAUCUGGCACAGCACUUCGCGCCAGUGGUGGCCAGGUGGGCGCCUUUGUUGGGCAUCGGCGGUGAAGCGACGAUUGCGAUGCUCUUGCUGUGCUGUCCGCGUCUGGGAGUCCUCAGCGCCUUGGCGUUUCAUCUGCUGGUUCUGCUUUGCCCUGCGCCGAACUUCGCCGGCGGCUUCUCCGUUUGCUGCGCCGCACGGCUGCUGCUGUUGCUGCCCAUGGAGGCAGCGCCACAGUGCCGUUGGAGCCCCUGGGUGGCACUGGGCGCAGCAGUGUUCGCAGGUGUCAUCCCCAGUGCCGCCUCAGCAGCCUACGGCGCGUUGGCCUUCAGCCUGCUGCAGGGCCUCUGGACGAAGACGACCACGACCACGACGGAGGCCAUUACUUUCAGCACCUUCGUGUCGCCCCUGCUGCUGCUGACCCUCGUCUAUGCCUUUCUGCUACCGGUGCUGGGGCUCCAGCACAUGGCUUCCUGCUCCAUGUAUGCGAAUCUAAAGCACUACGGUGGCUCCAAUCAUUUGGUCGUUCCAACAGGGCUGCUGCAGGACUGGUUCCACGACCUUCACAGCCCCUGGGGCCCCGCCUUCGGUGGUGCCUUGUGGCGCCUCGACGCUGUGGAUGGUGCUGAUGGCGCUGCGGCGCUGACGGCGCGCAACGCAUGGACCGCGGUGGAGCCGCCGCGGGCCGUGGAGCUGCUGCGGAGCAACGGCCACAGCGGGAGGCAGUUUGCCGCCUACUAUGCGCGCCUCGAAUCCUUGGAGGCUGCUGGGGUCAGUUCCUACCGACUCUUCCAUUGGUCUUCCCCGCCUUCGAGCUUCGCCGCGCCCUGCGCGCCACGCCCUCAACGUCGCCGUGGCGUGCCACGCUGACGCGGCUGCCGCGGCAGCUGCGGACGCCCAGGGAAUGGCGGGACUUCCCAGGGAUGCAGGUGUACCUUUGGUCCAACGGCAGCAGUGAUGAGACCUUGCAGAGGUGGUUGGAGUCCGAACCUCCAUGGUGGCUUACAAAGCUUUUGCUACCAUAUCCCUAUCCGCUGCUGCCCGACGAUGACACUGAGAUUCAUUGCAGCAGCUGACAAGAAUAAAA